CAGUUGGUAGAAUCGACGCCUCACGUUCAUCCAGACCUGGCAGCUAGGCUGAACAACCUUGGAAACAAGCUUGGUCGGCGGUAUGAACGGACGGGAGAGACGAAGGACCUGGAAGAGGCGAUCCAGGCAGUAAGACAAGCUGUAGAAUCGACGCCUCACGACCAUCCAGACCGGGAAGGCAGGCUGAAUAACCUUGGAAUCAAGCUUGAGAGCCGGUAUAGACGGACGGGGCAGAUAAAGGAACUGGAAGAGGCCUCAACCGAUCUCCUCGAGGCUUGGUCCUAUUUGACUGCGAUGCCAUUCCAUCGUCUCAUGGCUGCUGCUACGUGCCUGAAAUUACUCGCUAUACAGAACAGAGUUGACGAAGGCAUCGAUCUUGGAAGAAGGAUACUCGAUGUCCUUCCUUCAGUCCAUACCCGAGCUCUCGAUCGCAAUGAUCAGCAGUUCGUCGUGUCGACAUGACAAGGCCACUUUCUUAACACUUGUAUGCCAAGAAAGUGUG